AUGGAUCACAUAGGGAUACUGGGGGCGCACCUGCAGCAGCACGCGCAAGUGGAGUCCAUCAGUUUCGGCAUCGAUCAGAUCCUCAGCAACGUGGAGCAAAGCUGCAUGUUAGGCACGAGGAUGCACGAGCCGGACUACGGACACCUGGCCUACAACAGCGGCGCGAGCGGCGGCGUGAAUGGAGGUUUCACGUGCAACAACAGCGGAUAUAACGGCACCGGCAGCGCGUGCGGGAUGUCUUCCCUCGGCAGUGCUUAUCAAAUGAGUAUGGGCGUGAAUAUGAACAGUGCUAACGUCAACUCCGCCGGGGUCAUCCGUGUCCCCGCUCACCGGCCUCUGAGCGCCGGGAACUCUUCCAUGCCUGCGAUGAGCGGGACCAUCAACAACCUGACAGCGCUCACGUUCCCAUGGAUGGAGAGCAAUCGACGCUACACUAAAGACAGAUUCACAGUGUCCCUCUCACCCCUCACUGUAACACGUCGUGUAGGUCACCCUUAUCAGAACCGGACACCGCCGAAAAAGAAAAAGCCCCGGACGUCCUUCACCCGCUUGCAGAUCUGUGAGCUGGAGAAACGCUUUCACCGGCAGAAGUACCUGGCGUCGGCUGAACGUGCUGCGCUGGCCAAAGCACUGAAGAUGACCGACGCACAAGUCAAAACCUGGUUCCAAAACAGACGCACCAAGUGGAGACGGCAAACGGCGGAAGAGCGGGAGGCUGAGCGGCAGCAGGCCAAUCGGAUCCUCAUGCAGCUGCAGCAGGAGGCCUUCCAGAAGACGAUCAACCAACCCGUGACCCCGGACCCGCUGUGCCUACAGAACAGCUCUCUAUUUGCCCUGCAGAGCCUGCAGCCAUGGAACGAGAAUACCGCAAAGAUAAGCAGCGUAACUGCCUGCGAGUAG